CAUUUCUCUAUAUCCUACGCAACAACAAUAGGCUUCUCCCCUGAAUACACUCUCCGUCCGUCUCUUAACUGUUUAAGGAUUUCUGUAGCGUGUCCACAAAGUAAGGAAGGAAAUAUAUACUAAUUAAGCUGAUUUGAGCAAACACUGGAGAUGAAUUCAACAAUGACCAUCAUCACAAUUUUCUUGCUCUCAGUUUCUGGCCUUUUCGCAUACUCUGAAGGUAUUAGCAGAACAGAUUUUCCACAAGGAUUUGUCUUUGGAACAGCUUCUUCAGCUUACCAGUUUGAAGGUGCUGUAGAUGAAGGGAAUAAGGGAGACAGCAUAUGGGACACUUUCACUCGACGACCAGGAAGGAUAUUGGACUUCAGCAACGCAGAUAUGGCCGUGGACCAAUAUCAUCGCUUUAAGACUGAUGUAGAGUUGAUGAAGAACUUGGGCAUGGAUGCUUACAGAUUCUCAAUAUCAUGGCCAAGAAUCUUCCCCAAUGGAACGGGAGAACUAAAUCUAGAAGGAAUAAAUUACUACAAUAGCCUUAUAGAUGCUCUGCUAGAAAAAGGUCUUUUACCAUUCAAACAAUGUUCCUCUACUAAAAUUUCAUGUAAUUUUGAACAACUGAAGUCUCAGGAGUUUGUUUUGUUUCUAUCAGGAAUUCAACCAUAUGUCACUCUGUAUCACUGGGAUCUUCCACAGGCACUGGAAGAUAGAUAUGAAGGAUGGUUGAAUGAACAAAUAAUAAAAGACUUUGAGCAUUAUGCUUCCACCUGCUUCGAACAUUUCGGAGAUAGAGUUAAGCACUGGAUCACCUUCAAUGAGCCUCAUGGAUUUGCAAUCCAAGGAUACGACACAGGUGUUCAAGCACCAGGGAGGUGCUCCAUUCUUGGUCACUUGUUCUGCAAGUUGGGAAAAUCAUCCACAGAACCAUAUAUUGUUGCACACAAUAUCCUCUUAUCCCAUGCUGCUGCUUUUCACACCUAUCAGCUCCACUUCAAGGAAAGACAAGGAGGCCUGAUUGGAAUAGCACUUGAUGCAAAAUGGUAUGAACCAAUAUCAGAUACUGAUGAGGACAAGGAUGCUGCUCAAAGAGCUAUGGAUUUCGGGCUUGGAUGGUUCCUAGAUCCCCUUUUCUUCGGCGAAUACCCUCUUUCUAUGCAGAAUCUUGUAGCUGAUAGACUCCCUACGAUCACAACUGAGAUGUCCCAAAGUUUGCUCGGCACACUGGAUUUUGUAGGCAUAAAUCAUUACACCACAUUAUAUGCCCGAAAUGAUAGGACCAAGAUUCGGAAACUGGUGUUGCAAGAUGCUUCAUCUGAUGCAGCUGUUAUUACAACCUCUUCAAAGGAUGGAGUCGCAAUCGGAGAAACAGCUGCCUCCCGCUGGCUGCACAUUGUUCCAUGGGGUUUCCGGAAAUUGGUAAUAUAUGUGAAGGAUAAAUAUGGGAACCCACCAGUUUUUAUAACAGAAAAUGGUAUGGAUGACAGAAACAAACAUUUUACACCCCUAAACGUAGCUCUACAAGACGACAAAAGAAUUCGCUAUCACAGGGACUACCUCUCAAACUUAUCUACUGCUAUAAGGCAAGAUGGCUGUGAUGUGCGCGGUUACUUUGUAUGGUCAUUGCUUGACAACUGGGAAUGGAACAACGGCUACACUGUCCGCUUUGGACUCUACUUCGUCGACUACAGGAAAAACCUUACAAGGAUCCCAAAGGCUUCUGUUGAGUGGUUCAAAGGUGUUCUCAUACAGCAAGAAUCGUGAUCUCUGUUACUUGGAUUUAUGAAUGCCUCACAUCAACCAUAUGCUGUACCACCAGAGGAUCCUCAAUUCAUAUAAUAUCAACUUACUGAUACAACAGCUGCAAAGACAGAUGACUCAAAUUGUGAAGUUCUUUUACCCACAGAAUUUAUAAGCUGAUCCAAGAAGGUACUCUUAAACUUCAAGAAUGUAUCUAAAACACUGACAAGUAGCUAACCUACACAAUUUCUGACCCCACUGUGUGCACUAACCCCUAGGGGAGAAGUAUGUAGGUGGUUGCCUAAAGGAAAGAAUAAGCAAUCAUACAUUUUUCACACCCUUGAAUGAAUGUAAUUACAUUUUUUUAUUCCGUCUCAAGGAUUCC